AGUUGAUUUGUGAACGGUGGAGAUCGUAAACGCUUUUUUUAACAGUUAACAUCAAACGAAAAAAUACAAAAUAAAAAGAUAAAUCGUUGUUGAAAACUCCACUACCAAAAUAUUAAAUAAAAAUUAUUGAAUAUUAGAAAAAAAUAUUUUUUUAAUUAAAACAUUUACUGCUAAAAAAAUGGCGAGCCAGCAGCUAAUCGACGAAUUGUAUGACUUCAUGUACCCGCUUGCAUUGCGCGUUGGCGAAAUGCUGCUGGAGGGAUACGAGGAAGUGGGCAAGCAGGUCAAUAUCAAGACAGCAUUUUAUGAUGUAGUCACCGAGUAUGAUAACAAAAUCGAGGAAUUUUUGAUCGAACAAGUAUUGGCACGCUACCCUGAACAUAAAUUUAUUGGCGAAGAGGAUACAGCGAAAAAUAAUCAUGUGACCAAAGAGUUAACCGAUGCACCUACAUGGAUCAUUGAUCCCAUCGAUGGUACAUCGAACUUCAUCAAACAGAUACCGCAUGUUUGCAUCUCAAUUGGUUUGGCAGUGAAGAAGCAAAUCGUUUUGGGUAUUAUUAACAAUCCGGUUCAAAAAAAAAUCUACACAACAAAAUUGGGUGGUGGUGCAUUUUGCAAUGGCCAGCGCAUACAAGCGAGCAGUGUGGAUAACAUGAACGAGGCAAAUGUGGCUUACGAAGUAUCGCUGUUGCAUGCACAUAAAAUACGUAAUAAACAUAUAAAACGGAUCUAUCACAUAGGUGCACAGGCAAGAAGAUUACUCGCCUAUGCAUCUGUGGUUGAUUCCUUGUGCAUGGUGGCUGCCGGAAAUUUGGAUGCCUUUCACAUUGAAGACAUGUACCCAUGGGAUUGUGCUGCCGGCUAUUUGCUUAUACGCGAAGCCGGUGGCGUUGUAACACAUCCCUAUGGAAGGCCAUUUGAAAUUAUGAAGCCAGAUUUAAUAUGCGCUGGUACAGAACGAUUGCGUAAGGAAAUGGAGGAGCUAAUAAAGAAAGCCGAUCAAGAGAAGUCGGUUGGUGGUGAAGAGUAAUAAGGAAUAUGUUGGGAAAAAAUUAAGAUAAAAACCGGAAAAAAGUGUAAUUAAAUUUGUAAAAUUUUAACAGGAAUAAAUAAGUUUUGUAAAUUCUUAUAGUAAUAAAUAAAGUUUGUGAAUAUUCGUAAAAAUC